UCCAAAAUGUCGGGCGCAAGCGUGCUUCUAUUAAUAGCAUUCUUGCUGGUCCCAUGUUUGACGCUGAACGUUCUGCGUAGAUACGAGUCGGAGUGCAGACUGCAAGUGGGGCCAGGUCCUUGUCAAAGGGCCUGCGAGCUGGAAAAGAUCGGGCUCACGAAGGACGGGAAAUUCAACGUGACUCGAGCCAUGGGAAUGGUGGACCAAGGGGGACUGGAAUUAUAUCCGGACAACAAGAGAAAUUUACUGAAGGCAGCGCUCCACGUCUGCCACAGGGAGAUCAUGCCCGAGCAAAGUUUGGACAAUUGCUCCGCCGCCUCCGCGGUGUACUAUUGCGUCCGAGGACUCCUUCGGCCGGAGAAGUUGUAUCAAAAAGAGAUUCCAUAUAGAAGUUAUGGCUGGAAAUUGCUACCUUGUAGAUGUGGAAAGUUUCGAGGAUAUUCUGGCCUAAAUGAUAUCAGCUACCAGCAGUAAAGGACCGCAAGGAAUUUCGGAAAUUAACGGAUUCUUUUGGGUUGUUUGUUAAAUACAGCACAUUUCUAACCUGGCACAGUGAAAUAAAUGUUUAAGAUGCUUGAGAAUUCGGUCUUGUUGAGUCGAUACCGGUUGAUUAGAAGGAUGUUAACCUUCCAUUCGUACUAAUGCCGGUUAAUACUGCCGCGAAUCGAUUGGAAUUGGAAAUAGCUGAAUUGUAUCCAGCCUGACCCUCGGUGGGUUCCGUAACGGGCAUUUGUAUAAAUUCGGUAUUAAAAUGA